UGGAACUACUUGUCGGGUCAAUCUGGUUAGGAUUUUUUUCAUGCAAAUCAAUAUGCAACUCAAAAUCUCUCAGCUCUUAUCUUUCUUCUUCUUCUUCUUCUUCUCUUUUGUACUCCUUCUGCAUCCUUAUUUAGCUGAAACAACUAACGAACAUGAAGAAGAAGAAGUCAGAAGAUCUCAAUUCCCAGAUGGCUUCCUCUUUGGAACAAGCACUUCAGCUUAUCAAAUUGAAGGAGCUUACCUUGAAGAUGGCAAGAGUCUCAACAACUGGGAUGUUUUCACUCAUAUUCCAGGCAACAUAAAGAAUAAUGAUAAUGGAGACAUAGCAGACGAUCAUUACCAUCAAUUCUUGGAAGAUAUUGAGUUGAUGCAGUCUCUAGGGGUAAAUGCAUACAGGUUCUCAAUCUCAUGGAGCAGAAUUUUGCCAAGGGGAAGAUUUGGUGAAGUGAACACAAGAGGGAUCACUUUCUACAAUAAUCUUAUAGACAAUCUCUUACUUAGGGGAAUUGAGCCAUUCCUGACAAUACAUCACAAUGAUAUCCCACAAGAGUUGGAGGACAGAUAUGGAUCAUGGCUUAGUCCUCUUAUGCAGGAAGAUUUUGUAUACUUUGCAGAAAUUUGUUUCAAGAGCUUUGGACAUAAAAUUAAGUACUGGACAACCUUAAACGAACCGAACUUAUUUGCAGACAUGGCCUAUAUAAGAGGACGGUACCCGCCAGGACACUGUUCACCACCUUUUGGCAACUGUUCCAGUGGCAAUUCUGAUGUAGAGCCUCUCGUUGCCAUGCAUAAUAUGAUAUUGGCUCAUGCUAAGGCGGUGAAGCUGUACCGCCAAAAUUUCCAGAGUAAGCAAGGUGGGCUGAUUAGUAUCGUGGCAAAUGCAAUGAUGUAUGAAGCGUUUAGAGAGAAUGAAGAUGAUCGGAAAGCUGUAAGCAGGGCACUGGCAUUUCAAGUGGCCUGGAUGUUAGAUCCAAUUGUCUACGGUGAUUAUCCUCCUGAAAUGCGUCAUUAUCUUGGAAGUACACUGCCAAGGUUUUCUCAGGAAGAGAUCAGCAUUGUAAAAGAAAGCAUAGAUUUAAUUGCCAUUAACCAUUAUACAACGUUAUAUGCCAAGGACUGCAUAAAUUCUGCUUGCAUCCCCGGCUCAGACCGUCCAGUCAAAGGCUUUGUUUACACCACAGGAGAAAGAGAUGGUGUUCUGAUCGGAGACCCGACUGCAAAUCCAGAUUUCUUUGUAGUUCCAAGAGGAAUGGAAAAGUUGAUCAACUAUGUGAAGGAAAGAUACAAUAACAUGCCAAUGAUUGUGACAGAAAAUGGAUUUGCGCCUGCUCCACAGCAGAAGCAACAAGAUCAGCAGGACUUGCUGCAGGAUUCUGAAAGAAUCAACUUUCAUAGAUCCUACCUUGCAGCUCUGGCUAAAGCCAUAAGAAAUGGAGCUGAUGUUCGUGGGUAUUUUGUGUGGAGCAUGAUGGACAACUUCGAAUGGGCCGAUGGUUACAGCUCGCAAUAUGGGCUUUACUAUGUUGAUCGCCGAACACUUGAGCGCAUACCAAAGCUUUCUGCUAAGUGGUAUAAAAAUUUCCUCGCAGUUGAUGCGUCUAGAAAUAGCAAAAAUAUCACAAGUAUUGUAUCAGAAAUUGCAAAAGUAGAAAUAUAAGAAUUAUGCAUGUAUAUUCAAAUGUUGUAUGGUUUAUUUCAGUAAUUUUUUUUAUUUUUUC